CAGCAGUACGUCAAGCUCGCCCUGCUUCUGGCCGCCGUCAACUCGCGCAUCGCCGGCGUCGGCAUCAGCGGCCGUCGCGGCACCGCGAAGAGCGUCAUGGCGCGCGCCGUCCACGCGCUGCUGCCGCCGAUCGAAGUCGUGCGCGACAGCUACUGCAAUGAGCAGCCGCUGCCCAGGGAUGAUCCAGACGACGUGGAGCCCGACCCGAACUGCGUCGUCAUCCCGGCCCCGUUUGUGCAGGUCCCGCUCAACGUCACCGAGGAUCGCCUCAUCGGAUCCGUCGAUGUCGAGGCUAGUGUCCGCACGGGCACUACCGUCUUUCAGCCGGGCUUGCUGGCAAGGGCCCAUCGAGGCGUGCUGUAUAUUGAUGAGCUCAAUCUGCUGGACGAUGGCCUCGCCAACGUUCUGUUGGAGGUUAUCUCGGGCGGUGUAGUGCGCGUCGAAAGGGAGGGCUUGUCCGUGACCCAUCCGUGCCGGCCCCUCGUCAUUGCCACGUACAACCCGGAAGAAGGCGAAAUACGGCCCCAUAUGCUCGAUCGCCUCGCCAUAAACUUAUCAGUCGACGCCAUGCCGCUUAGUAUGGAGCAACGCAUUGAGGCCGUCGACUCGGCCACUGAUUUCAGUGACAGCCCGGUUGACUUUGUCGCCAAAAUGUCCGGGGAAACCGAUCAGAUGGCCACAAGUAUCGUACUUGCGAGGGAGUAUCUGAAGGAAGUCACCAUGUCGAAUGAGCAAAUUGCUUACCUCGUAACCGAGGCCACACGCGCCGCGUGCCAGGGGCAUCGUGCGGAACUCUUCGCCAUGGAGGUUGCAAAGGCGGCAGCAGCUCUCGAAGGGCGGGGCAAGGUCAACUCGGACGACUUGAGGACGGCCGUCCGCCUGGCUAUCCUGCCCCGCUCUCUGGUCCGGAACUCCAACCAGGAGAUGGAGCAGGAGAUGGAAAGCCCUCCGCCGCCCCCACCGCCACAGAACGAGGAUCAGGAUAUCGACGAGGACACGGAGGAGGAAGAGCAGGAAGAGCCGGAAAACGAGGAACAGGAGGAGGACGUUGAAGAAGUCCCUGAAAUCCCUGAGGAGUUUAUGUUCGACCCAGAAGGCGUCGUCAUGGAUCCGGAUUUGUUGGAGUUUAGCAAAUCGCAGCAACAAGGGAAUGCAGGCGGACGUGGUUUGGUGUUUUCAAAGGAUCGCGGGCGAUACAUAAAGGCAAUGAUGCCGUCGGGUGGCACGCAACGACUCGCCAUCGAUGCGACGCUUCGCGCCUCAGCGCCUUUUCAAAAGGCUAGGCGUGCAAGGGCAGCAAGUGGCACGACGAGAUCGGUGUUUGUCGAGGAAACUGACAUGCGCGUAAAGCGUCUCGCACGAAAGGCUGGUGCUCUCGUCAUCUUUCUAGUCGACGCGAGCGGGUCAAUGGCUCUCAACCGUAUGAACGCAGCAAAAGGUGCUGCCAUCCGCCUGCUGACUGAAGCUUACCAGACUAGGGAUAAGGUCUCGCUGAUCCCAUUCCAAGGGAACCGAGCAGAAGUUGUAUUACCGCCGACGAAGAGUGUGACUAUGGCCAAGAAGAGGCUGGAGACAAUGCCAUGCGGAGGAGGCUCCCCGCUGGCGCAUGCCUUGGUACAGGCCGUCCGCACAGGGAUCAAUGCGCAGAAAAGCGGUGAUGUGGGUAAAGUCAUCAUCAUCUGCAUCUCAGAUGGGCGCGCCAAUGUCCCACUGGCGACGAGUGAAGGGGAAGAGCUGGAGGAAAAGAUGAGCAAGGCAGAGCUGAAACAAGAGACUCUCAACAUCGCUAAGCAGAUCGGUGCCUUGCAGGGAAUGGACCUCCUAUGUAUUGACACUGAAAACAAGUUUGUCAGCACGGGCGUCGCAAAGGAAAUUGCGGCCUCUGCGGGAGGCACAUACCACUCACUACCGAAGGCAACUGACGCUUCUGUCGCGUCAGUUGCGGGCUCUGCAAUAAGCGCUAUUCGCGCAGCAUAG